CGCCAAUGCAUUGCACCGGAAGUGCCAAUAGAGCGUUGCGCAGCGCGCGGAGUUCAGAGUCCGCCGUCAUGGCGGGGGUCCGGGGGGUCGAGCUGCACGAUGGAGUUUGCAGUGCAGAUGAGCUGUGAGAGCUGCGCCGAAGCCGUGCGGGCAGCGCUGGAGGGCGCCCCAGGCGUGCGGCUGCUGGAGCUGCGCCCCGAGACGCAGACGGUGCUGCUGGAGGCCCAGGUGGGAGCGGAGCGCGUGAAGGAGCUGCUGGAAUCCAGCGGGCGCCGCGCGGUGCUGCGGGGUCUGGGGUCCCCGGGGGGUCCCCAUGGAGGUGACACAACGACGGCGGCGGUGGCGGCGCUGUCUGGUGAUGGCGGCGGAGGCGUGAGGGUUGUGAGAUUCCUGCAGGUUUCCCCAGAGCUCUGUUUGGUGGAUGGAGUCAUCGAUGGGCUGCGGCCCGGCCCCCAUGGGCUCCACGUGCACGAGUUUGGGGACACGUCCCAGGGCUGUGAGAGCUGUGGGGAUCACUACAACCCCGACGGGGAGAGCCAUGGGGGGCCACAGGAUCAGCAUCGGCACGCCGGGGACCUGGGCAACGUGUGGGCUGACGCCGAGGGCCGAGCUGCGUUCCGGAUGGAGGACACGCGGCUGAAGGUGUGGGACAUCAUCGGCCGCUCGGUGGUGGUGGAUGCGGGGGAGGACGACCUGGGCCGGGGCGGCCAUGCGCUGUCCAAGCUGACGGGGAACUCGGGGCCCAGGUUGGCCUGCGGGGUGGUGGCCCGGGCAGCUGGGCUCUUCCAGAACCCCAAACAGCUCUGCACCUGUGAUGGCCUCACGCUGUGGGACGAGCGGGACCGGGCUGCAGCCCCCAGCCCCCACGGGCAGCCCCCAGCCCCACGGCAGCCCCGACCCCACACCUGUAGGCGGAAGAACGAGCAGGAAAGCACUUUGUGCCCCCCCCUUCUUCCCCCCCAGCUCCACCCCCGAAGGACCAAAGAGAAAUAA